AUGCCUCCGACUACAACUGCCCCACAACAGAACAACUACCAGAGAAGCGAGAAAGGUGGCGGUGGUGGCCUACUCAACUAUCCUCCAAAUAAUCAAUAUCACCAUCAAAACCAAAACCAACAACAUCAUCGAUACUCUUCCUCGAAUAAUUCCACUUCUCAAUCUAACAACCAUCAUCCACACCAACAACAACACCAUCAGUACAACAAUCAUCAUCAUCCUAAAUCUGCUGGCAAUUCUAACCAGAAUCAAAAUUCCACUUCUUCAAGAAUGAACACGUCUUCGCGUGCACCAAACCAUAUGAGAGGCGCCAACGGUCCGUUUGGCAACAACAACGGCUAUGGUCGUUACACGGCACCACGCGACGGUCAACAACACCACGACUCGGCGCCACUGAGCUCGACCAACCUCUACAUUCGUGGAUUGGCACCAAACACGAACGAUGACACGCUUCGUGAGAUGUGCUCCAAGUAUGGAAACAUUGCCUCAACUAAAGCGAUUAUGGAUAAGGCUACCAACAACUGCAAGGGAUACGGUUUUGUUGAUUUUGAGUCUCCACAAGCCGCCGCCGCCGCUGUCGACGGAUUGAACACUGAAGGUGUCCAGGCGCAGAUGGCAAAGCUUCAACAACAAGAGCAGGAUCCAACCAACUUGUACAUUGCCAAUCUUCCAAUCGAUUUCACCGAACAAAUGUUGGAGACUGAGCUCAACAAGUAUGGAAUGGUCAUCUCGACCCGCAUCCUCCGCACACCGGACAACAAUUCUCGCGGCGUCGGAUUCGCUCGAAUGGAUUCGAAGGAAAAGUGCGAGGUGAUCAUCUCGGCACUCAACGGUGGACGCUUUGAGAACAUGUCUAAAGAAGGACCGGCACUGCUGAUCAAACAAGCCGAUACUGGCAGGAAGAGCAAGGUUGGUCCACAUACCGCCCGUAGUGCCGUCGCCGCCCAUGGCGGUGGCGUCGGCCAACCACAACAAAGCUUUGUGAUUUGGCACUCGAUCAACAAUCCAGACAUGAUCCAACGUAUGCAAUAUCCACAAGUCUAUCAAUCGUACUAUGGCUACCCACCAGCCAUUUAUGCUCAACAACACUACGACGUCAACUCGUUGGCCAACCAGAUGGGCGGUAUGCACGUUGGCGGUGGAAAUCCACAGGCGAACGGUGGAAACGAUAUGUACGGAGCACACAUGUACGGCGGACAGAACGCUGGUGGACAAGGUGGACAAGGAGGACAGGCUGGCGGACAGGGUGGACAAGCACAGUUCUACAAUCCGAAUAAUGGAAGAAAUAAGAAAUAUUUCCAGCCACUUCCACAAUAA